AUGAAUUUAUCAAAAUAUUUUAAUUAUGUUUAUACGGGUUUUAAAUAUGUUGUUCGUAUCUAUUUUUUAUUAUUGAUGAAUCGUUGGUUUGAAUUUUAUCGAUCAUAUUUUGAAAUGUGUACAAUAAUUCGUAAACGAAAAUCCAAUCCGGAACAAUUUCGUCGAUAUGUAUGGGCACCUAUUUCAGCAUUGAUUGUGAUUACAAUUUUAGUUAUAAUAAAAUUGUUUCAUAAUUGUUAUUGGAAUGAUCGAAAUGAUAUAAUUUGGGUGAAAAUUUAUGCCGAUAUAAUAGCCGAUGCAAAUCUUCAUUCAAAUGCAAAUUGGUUUUUAAUAAUUUUAAUCGUUGUUUGUGAUUGGAUGAUUUUGCUUUUAUAUUUUCGAAAUUCAACCGCUGAACAUAUACAAUCAAUAAUUAUUGAUCAUCGCAAUGAAUCUUUUCAAUGGCCAUUCAAAUAUCGUUCAAUGAUGGCAAUCGAUUAUGUUACUGAUCAUGGUAGAAAAACAUUUAGUAUUAUAUUUCGCUUUUUUUUGCUGCUCAGUAUAUGCGUUGUUAUUGUUGAUAUUCGAACACUAGAAUUUCUCUACUUGAAUAUUGAUAAAAUAUAUGAUUAUAAUAAUCAAUUUAUUGGUUUUAUCCGAUUGAUGCUGACAUUUAUUAAUUGGAAAUUAAUAGAAUCCCUCAUUUUUGUCUGUGCAUUAUCUGCUGCUAUUUCAGUUUCAAUUAGCCAAGUAUUUAUUGCCAUUGGUCAUGUACAUUUUUGGCAAACUGAACAAUUAUUACAUUUUAACGAUAUUAUCAGAGAUAGACAUAAUAAUAAAUGGUUAUCACAGAUUGGUUUCAAUUGUUAUCUAAUAUUAUUUAUCAUUUCAUAUCAUACAACAUUAUUCUAUUUAACAUUAAUAACAAUAUUAUGUUUAAUACAGAUGCUCAAUAUAUUCGUAAUACAUUUUCAAAUUGCCUUAAUUAAUCGUAAAUUUUAUCAGUCGGCACCAAUCAUGAUGAGUCGUAUGGCAACAACCGAAUUUCAUGGUAAAUUUUUACAAACAAAAUUAAAAUUAUCAAAUUUUGCUCAAAAAAUGCAUACGAAUAAUCGAUAUGGAAUUACAUAUUGGAGUCAACAGAUAGUUAAUACUAAUGAAUUUGCAAAGUUUCUUUUAAUUUAUUCACAAUUGAUCAUAAAAAGUUUUAUU